AUGACUGAGAAACAGGCACGGCGUCCACCUGUGGCGCCAAAGCCCUCAUUCAUACAGCAGGAUGCCUCCGCUCUCAGAGUAUCUCCUGUGCCCUCUCCUGCUGUGCGUGGAGCCACUCUAGCCUUUGCUCCGACUUCAGCAAAAGCCUCGAAUCCGACCUCACAUAAUCCAGCUGCAGGCGCUUUGCUGGCAGCGAGCCUUGCUGCCAGCAAAAAACCACAAACACCACAGGCCUCCAAAGAAGCAAAGUCGCCUCGGCCAAAUGCUCCCUGGGCGCAAGCACCGCCGUCAAGCCCUCGUGGCCGUAUGUUGACGGAUUCGAAAGUACCUGUGGCAGCAAGCGAGCUACACUCCGACCAUCCGCCGCCUCCUCCAGCCUCCGGGCCUCGGCUCCCUCGCUCUACGUCUGCAGUUGCAGCUGCCGCUGCGUCAGCCACCGCAUCCACAAGAACAAGCCCUGUACCCAUACCAGGAACAAGGAAGCCUAUUGUAUAUUUGGGACCACCAGAGACUCGUCAAGAGGGCCGACCACGGGCCAGGAGUACAGCCAGCCAUAACGACGGCGGUCUUUCAGUCUCACAGAGCUCUGAUGCCCUUGCUGGCGCUGCCGCUGCUUCCAUGGCGGUAGCUGCUGCGCACAUUCAGAGUGGCUUCGAUGAUAGACCCAGGCACGAGCUGGGGUCGAUCCCACGGCUAACACUACCUUCCUCGGAGGUUUCAGUGACUUCUAGUCCUUCGCCGUCCGUCACAGCAGCGGCAGUUUCAGCAAGUAGAAACGCGGAAAGCGUAGAAGGCAGGAGACGGGGCCAAUCUACCUCUAGUCGAAGCACACAGCUCGAUAACGCCCCAUCAGUCUCUACUUGGACGGAUCGGAGUUGGCAUCGAUUCAUACCAUCUCCUCAAGAAUCCGAGUCCGAAAAUGAUAGUGCGCAGCAGGAGAUUCUAACGCCCGACAGGGUCCUACCGGCACCCAUUCCAUUGCGAUCUAGCCGAGCUGCUAUGAUCGCACAAGAAACUCCCGAUUCAAAAGGAUCUCCAGCGCUUGAUACCCGAACCAAAAUGACCGCGAGUUCACUUGCUGACGCCAUGGUCGCCUCAUCUUUGGCUUCCCAGCUUACAGGAUCUCGGAAUGCAUCUCCAAAACCGAGACCUCCACCUCCAGUUCCUCGGCGAAGAUCUAAAUCAAUCGGCCCAGUGGAAAAUGUCCGCCAUCAUUUGCAUUUUCCCCAUCUGAGAAGUGAGACGCCUCCACCGCCUCCACCGUUGAAGCCAUUACCAGUCCGUCAUAUGAGACAGACAUUGCGCACUCAAUCGUCCGACCACGACGAGGUUCACAAGGAAGUCCUGCACAAGCGUGGACGAGGUCACUGGACCAGGCAUCCUAACAAACAUCAUGAAGGUGAUCGUAAACGGUGGCGAGAUAAAAUCACAGAGCGAGAGAGGAAAAGGUAUGAAGGUGUUUGGGCCGCAAACAGAGGUGUCCUUAUCGAGCUGGAUCCCGAACUAGCAGUAUCUGGCCAUUCCAAUGAUACCACACCUGUAAGCGAUCUGGUCGUCAAUGUCGUGGUUCGAGACAUCUGGGAACGCAGUCGCUUACCCAAAGACGUACUAGAAGAAGUUUGGGAUCUUGUGGCGCGACCUGGAGCGAAAGCAUUAAACCGUGAGGAGUUUGUGGUGGGUCUGUGGCUCAUUGACCAGAGGUUGAAGGGCAGGAAGCUACCCAUAAAGGUCUCACCAAGCGUUUGGUCCAGUGUAAGGCAUACUCAGGGUGUAAAGAUAUCGAACAGGGCUUUGCAGAAAUAG